CGACAACGAGUGAAAGAAGACGACGAUCGUCGUAGAAAACGGGCGGCGUGGAACUGAGCGGCGUUGAAACUCUCGUCUGUGAGAAUGGGCGGCGUCGCGGAUUUUCGCCUCACGGGGGCGGCCAUCUUUUUCCUUCUGAUCUUGUCCAAUUACCACAUGGUGUUUGGUUCUGACUGUGCCGAAGUGGGGGGCAAGCUGGCAUGCGAUGACAUGUGCGAAGCCCAUGCUGCGCCUUGCUUCGGUUAUGAGGUGGAUUUCCUCGGUACUCGGUUGGACCUGGACUGCGUCUCCCAUUUCCAUCUCAAAAAAGUUUUCAUUCUGGGGCCUACCUUUUGCAGAGGUUCUGUGGAAGGCAUGGAUAGGGUAGUUCAGCCCUGGAAAAACUGCUUUUUCUCCUUCAGGAAAAACGAGAUAGAAACCAGUCAUCAAACCACAAAGCAGAUUAAAGAAGUAGUUAAAUCUUCUUCCGUGGUUCCCAAGGAGCCAGGGUUUUUGGAGGAACACCGCCAGUUGUUGGAGAAGCUUUUCGAGGAGAGGCUAAUUUUGACGGAGAAAUCCCGUACGGUUUCUUCUACUUCUCCCAGCAGUUCUGCUGACCCA